AGCGGAGCCCGGGCGCGGGGCGGCGGAGCCUCGGGCUGCGCUCGCCGCGAACAAAAGGCUCCAGCUGCCCGCGCACGGCGCCGUGGCCCGGGCUCCGCGGCACCAUGUCCGGCUGCGAGCCCCGCCGCGCCCCGGCACUGCUGCUGCUCGUUCUCUGCAGCCUGAGCGCUGCCCAGCCCCGCCAGCGCCAGGGUUAUUUGAUUGCAGCCCCUUCUGUUUUCCGCCCUGGGGUGGAGGAAGCCAUAAGCGUCACCAUCUUCAACUCUGCCAAGGAGACCACGGUGCAGAUCCAGCUGGUGGUCAAGGGAGAGACGGUGUCACGGAGCCAUGGGACAGUCCUGGAUAAAGGAACAAUCAAGCUGAAGGUGCCUCCAGGGCUCCGUGGCCAAGCUCACCUGAAGGUUUGGGGCAACAGGCACCUGGCAGAGGACGGGCACAUCUUCCACAACUACACCACGGUCACCAUCGACAGCAAGGGCUCCUCCGUGUUCAUCCAGACCGACAAACCUGUCUACAAACCCAAGCAGAAAGUGUUGAUAAAUCUCUUCAUGGUGACUUCUGACCUGAGGCCAGUCAAUGACAGGAUUGAAGCUUAUGUUGUGGAUCCCCGGGGGUCUCGGAUGAUAGAAUGGAAUAACCUGAAGCCAUUUUGUUGUGGCAUUGUCAAUAUGACUUUUCCCCUCUCUGAUCAGCCAGUGUUUGGGGAAUGGCUCAUCUUUGCAGAGAUGCAGGGGCACACCUACAACAAAUCCUUUGAGGUGCAGAAAUAUGUGUUGCCAAAGUUUGAGCUGCUGAUUGAUCCCCCGCGCUACAUCCGGGACCUUUCCCUGUGUGAGAAAGGAACUGUCCAUGCCAGAUACACAUUUGGCAAACCAGUGACAGGGAAGUUAAUUGUCAAUAUGACAAUAAAUGGUGUUGGCUACUACAGACAUGAAGUGGGACACCCUGUCCUCAAGACCACCCAGAUGGAUGGCUCAGCCCAGUUCGAGGUGUGUGUCAGGGACAUGAUGCCGGCCGACGUCCCCGAGCACUUCCGAGGCACCGUCAGCAUCUGGGCCACGGUGAUCAGCUCUGAUGGCAGCAAGCAGGUGACCUUUGAUGACUCCACGCCCGUCCAGAAGCAGCUGAUUGACAUCAAGUACUCCAAGGACACCAGGAAACAGUUCAAACCUGGGCUGCCUUACAAAGGCAAGGUAGAGGUCACUUACCCCGAUGGAAGCCCAGCUGACAGAGUCACCAUCCGAAUUAAAGCCGAGCUCACACCAAAGGACAACGUUUACACAAGUGAGCUGGUCUCAAGGAAUGGCCUGGUGGAGUUUGAGAUCCCCUCCAUCCCCACAGCUGCCCAGUAUGUCUGGCUGGAGACCAAAGUGACAGCAAUUGAUGGGAAACCCUCUGGGGAUCAAUAUCUGCCCAACUAUUUGUCCAUCAGCAGCUGGUACUCACCCAGCAAGUGCCACAUCCAGCUCCAGGCACCAGAUAAACCUUUCCAGGUGGGAGAGGAGGCCUGGAUUGCAGUGAAAUCCACCUGUCCUUGCAACUUCACUCUCCAUUACGAGGUGGCAUCAAGGGGGAACAUUGUCCUGUCGGGGCUGCAGCCCAGCAAUGUCACCCAGCAGAGGAGCAAAAGAGCCACCACAGCCCUGGAGAGGAACAUUGACCUCACACACUUCCCAGGAACAGCACCUCCCAGCACUCCUGCAGCAGAGGUUGAGGUGUGUGUGACCUUCCUGAGGUUCUCUGUCGUUCACGCCAUGGCUCCCCUGGCUCGGCUCCUGGUGUACUACGUCAGGGAGAACGGAGAGGGGGUCACGGACAGCCUGCAGGUCCCUGUCACCUCCUCCUUUGAGAACCAGGUCACCGUGGCGCUCUCGGCCAACGAGACCAGGCCUGGUGACCUUGUGAACAUCAAGGUCCGAGCUGCCAAAGGGAGCUGUGUCUGCCUGGCCACGGUGGACAAGAGUGUCUACCUGCUCAAACCAGGCUUCCAGCUGACAGCCAGCCAGGUGUUCCAGGAGCUGGCAGAGUACGAUGUGUCCGAUGCUUUUGGGGCUCCCAAGGAGGAAGGGCACUUCUGGUGGCCCGGCAUGUCCUCCCGCCGGCGCCGCCGCUCCUCGGUGUUCCCCUGGCACUGGGACAUCACCAAGGACGCUCGCUUCGCCUUCACAGAAACGGGCUUGGUGGUGAUGACUGACAUAGUGAGCCUGAACCACAGGCAGAAUGGGGGGAUGUACACGGACGAGGCUGUCCCAGCCUUCCAGCCACACACCGGCACCUUGGUGGCCACCAUGCAUUCCAAAAUAGCACCAAGCAGAGCAGAGAAGAGGAAAAGAACCUUCUUCCCUGAGACGUGGAUUUGGCGCUGCCUCAAUGUCAGCUCAGGGGAAGCCCAGCUGCAGGUGGAGGUGCCUGACUCCAUCACCACGUGGAUCACAGAGGCCGUGGCUCUGUCUGAGGACAAGGGGCUGGGCAUUGCCAGCCAGGCAGAGCUGAGGACCUUCAAACCUUUCUUCAUCGACUUCACCCUGCCCUACCACGUCAUCAGGGGGGAGCAGACCAAGAUCCCCCUCACUGUCUACAACUACCUGCCCCUGUGUGUGGAGGUCCACGUGAAGAUUUCUGUCCCAAAAGGCAUCAAGUUUGUGGGGCACCCUGGGAAGCACCACCUGACCAGGAAGAAAUGUGUGGCCCCAGGGGAGGCCAAGCCCACCUCCAUCGUCCUGUCCUUCAGCGAGCUGGGCCUGAGCAACAUCACUGCAAAAGCUUUUGCCUAUGGUGGGACCAAUUGCUGCCAGGAGGGGAUGCAGAGCCUGAAGAAUGGCAAACACUCAGAGGAUCCUUACCUGGACAAAAGGAGCCCCGUGGGGGUGGAUUAUGUUCGCAGCAGUGUCAUUAUUGAGCCAGAGGGACUGUCCAGAGAAUACACCUACAGUGUGUUCUUCUGCCCAAAUGAGAAAAUACACAUUUCCACCCCUAACAAAUACGAGUACCAGUACCUGCAGAAGCCAGCGCAGAUGAGGCACUUUGAGGUGGCAGUGAAGGCUCACAACGACGCCCACCUGGCCCUGUCCUCGGGGCCCCACGACAUGGCCGAGAUGGCCGAGAUCGUCAUCGGGGGACAGCAGAACUCCCGGACCUGGAUCUCCUCCAGCAAAAUGGGAGAGCCGGUGGCCAGCAGGGACACGCCUGGCAUCCUCUCCUGGGAUGAGUUCCGCAGCUUCUGGAUCAGCUGGAAAAAUGGAGUUAUCCAGGUUGGCCACGGUACUCGGGUGCUAAACGAAUCUAUAAUUGUGGAGUGGACAGUCCCCAAACAGCUUGAGGUGAAGUACAUUGGCUUUUCCACAGGCUGGGGGUCAAUGGGAGAGUUUAAAAUUUGGAGAAAAGAAGAGACUGAUGAAAAUCACAAUGAAGCAUUUACUCUUGGAGUUCCCCACAACAUAAUUCCAGGAUCAGAAAGAGCUACGGCUUCAAUAAUAGGAGAUGUGAUGGGUCCCACCCUGAACAACCUGGACAAGCUGCUGAGGUUGCCCUUUGGCUGCGGGGAGCAGAACAUGAUCCACUUUGCCCCCAAUGUCUUUGUCCUGAAAUACCUGCAGAAAACCAAGCAGCUCAGCCACGAGGUGGAGGCUGAGGCUACAGAUUACCUCGUUCAAGGCUACCAGCGCCAGCUGACCUACAAGAGGCAGGAUGGCUCCUACAGUGCUUUUGGGGAGAGGGACUCCUCAGGGAGCAUGUGGUUAACAGCUUUUGUCCUCAAGUCCUUUGCUCAGUCCCGUGGGUUUAUUUUCAUUGACCCCAAAGAACUCUCAGCUGCCAAAGACUGGAUCAUCCAGCACCAGAAAGAAGAUGGUUCUUUCCCUGCUAUGGGCAGGAUACUGAACAAGGAUAUUCAGGGUGGGAUCCAUGGGAAGAUCUCCCUGACAGCUUAUGUGGUUGCAUCUCUUCUGGAAACAGGUGUCACUUCUGAGGAAGAAAGAACAGCUGUAGAAAAAGCAAAACACUUCCUGGAGUCCAACCUGUACUCAGCAGAGGAUCCCUACACCACCGCCCUGAGCGCCUACGCCCUGACCCUGCUGCACAGCCCCAGCGCCGCUGCCACGCUGCGCAGGAUGAACAGCAUGGCCAUCACACAAGAUGGAUUUACCCACUGGAGCCUCACAGGAACCCUUGUGGCUGAUGAAGACACCUUCAUGGGGUUUAAUGAUGGACUCUCUCAAUCAGUUGUUUCUGCAGAGGUGGAAAUGACAUCUUAUGCCCUUCUGACCUACACACUCCUGGGAGACGUGGCCUCUGCACUCCCUGUGGUCAAGUGGCUCUCCCAGCAGAGGAAUGCACUGGGAGGAUUCUCCUCCACUCAGGACACCUGUGUGGCCCUGCAGGCUCUGGCUGAAUAUGCCAUCCUUUCUUAUGUUGGAGGAGUCAACCUGACCAUUUCCUUGGCUUCCACAAACCUGGACUACCAGGAGACCUUUGAGCUUAACAAGAUGAAUAAAAAAGUCCUUCAGACUGCAGUGAUCCCCAGUAUUCCAACAGGGCUGUUUGUGAGUGCCAAGGGUGAAGGAUGCUGUCUGAUGCAGAUCGAUGUCACUUACAACGUGCCUGAUCCCAUAGCCAAGCCAGCCUUCCAGCUGCUGGUGAACCUGAAGGAGCCCAAGGCAGAGCAGCCCCUGCCGGCCCCGGCCCCGCUGCGCUCGGGCGCUGAGCGCCGCCCCGGAGCCCUGCACAGGGACAGGGCCCUGGGGGACGACGAGGACCCGGCCUCUGACCACGACCACCGAGAGUACAAAGUCAUCCUGGAGACCUGCACCAGAUGGCUGCACUCUGGAUCCUCAAACAUGGCUGUGUUGGAAGUGCCUCUGUUCUCGGGGUUUCGGGCAGAUAUUGAGAGCCUGGAGCAGUUAUUGAUGAACAAGCAAAUUGGGUUAAAAAGAUAUGAAGUGGAUGGAAGAAAAGUCCUGUUUUAUUUUGAUGAGAUUCCCAGCCAGUGCAUGACCUGUGUGAAGUUCCAAGCUUUCAGAGAGCACAUAGUGGGGAAAACAGCCCCAGUUCCCAUCAAGGUGUACGAUUACUACGAGCCAGCUUUUGAAGCCACUCGUUUCUACAACGUGAGUGAGAACAGCCCCCUGGCCAGGGAGCUCUGUGAUGGCCCAACCUGCAACGAGGUGGAAAGCUCAGCCAGCCAGUGGGUUGGCUUUGUCCACUCUGGCCCUUGCCACAACAUCUUUGGCUGCCUGGAGGACGAGCACUUCGAGCAGUGCCUGUGCUCGCGGGACUGCGGCUACGACGGCGAGCCCGUGUGCGCCUCCGACGGCCUCAUCUACCCCAACCACUGCCAGAUGGAGGUGGCAUCCUGCAGGAACAACACCAGGAUAGAGCAGAUGCCCAUGUCUCAGUGUUCUUCUGCCUCCAAGAACUUGCCAGAAGAAAGGGAGACACACUCCCACACAGCUGAGCAGCCCAGUGUUCCCCAGACCCCAGCAGCUCCUGCAGCUCUGGUUCCCCCAGCAGCCGAGGAGGGGCCCCCCCUGCACUCAGACCUGUCCUAUUACUCCUACGAGUACGACCCCGACGCCUUCGCCGUGGAGGGCGACGCGUUCGAGCUGGUGGCAGAGCUGAGCACGGCCAGCACCUCCAGGGCAGGGGACAGCAGCCAGGCUGAGGCCACCCCAGCAGAAUGAAAUACAUAAUUUAAAUCCAGAGAAGAGGCUCAGAAUCGACUCCUGUAUGAGUUUGCUCCUCCAGAUGAUGACCUGCUGCAGAACAGAACCUGAAUGAUGACUACUUGCUGAUGCCCUCAGAACUGUAGGCUUUGCUGCCCCACGGGGCAGAUCUGGAGCUCUAAGGGGGACACUCAGAGUUAUUUUUCUGUCCAUUUUCCUGCCUUCUUGUGCAUCCUCUUUGGAGCCCUCCCAGUGAUGAGAGACCAAUAUGCUGUGUGCCCUCUAGGUGAGAAAAAUAGGGGCUGGAAUUCAAACUUUGAUAGAGCAUUUCCAAGUGUUUUCUCUGCUAUCAGGAUAUUCUGCAAAUGCCAUUUCCUAGCUACACUUAGAAGCUAAGUCCAGGCCUUGUGCUUAGCUGAACUGCUGUUUGAGGAAAGAUGGCUGAGAAGUUUUUUUGCUCCAAUUAUAAUAAUAAAAAAUCAGCGUGUUUUGCCAAUUAUGACAUAGCAAGAGGCUGCUCAUCUUCCCCAGCCCAUCAGGAAAGAAACACUUCCCUGUGGCUCCACUAUUCAGGGAGGUGCAUUUAACCUGAGAAAACUGAAAUCCACUGCCAGGGCUGAAAGGUUUCAUGUCUGCUGCUGUUUGCAGCCUCAGCAGAGGCAGGGCUGAGGUGGGGGAGCCCUCUUUGUGUUGCACUAUGUGCUGACAGGGGCUGCUUGCAGCCUUCUCAGCCCCUAAAAAUGAACCUGGCCUAGGCAGAGCCCUUUUUAAAUAUUUGCCUGGCUUCACCAACCCCUUUUACUUUGCUCCCACUGGCAUCCAGCACAGCAUGUUCUGGUCCUGGUGCUCCCUGGCCAGUACCAAUCCCUGGUGUCACAGGCUGGACUCCCUCGGUCUGACCUGCCCCAAGCAACGUGGCAAAACUUAAAAAGAAAAGCUUUGUGUUCCCAAAAGUGCAGGAGCCAAGAUUUUUUGAGUUUCCCUUCCUGCCUGGAGCAGCAUUGUUCUCUUUGGAGGAGUUACAUGCAAUUGCCUCUUGCAAAAUAGUGUUAAUAUUUUAUCUUCCCACUUCUAUUGUUACCAGGACCCAGAGCAGGGUGGAAACUCCUUUUUGAGGGUGUUUAUUGGUGAAUGGAAACAGAAAAAAAAAGCCUAGCUCCAUUCAUUUUUAAAGCUUGUUUACACAGGAACCAUGACAAGAAUAUAUCCCAGUAUAGACAUUCCAUUCCAGAAUAAAGGCAAGUUUAUUCCAGAAAAAUGUCCACAUGGGGACAACCAGGAGGUAUCCCAGAGGUUGGGCAUGUGUAGUUUCCAGUCCUUUUUGUCUGGGGCCAGACAUUUGCAGAAUGCAGUUGACAUGAUGAAGGUCUGGCUCUUGAAGUUCCCAGAAAUUUCUGAGCUGCCUCAGAAGCUGGCAGCUGUGCCAGCCUCCCCUCAUGGGGAUCCUGCUGGGAUGAGGGUCCAGGGUGUGCAGGGGCAGAUCCUGCCCUCACCCUGGCAGCUGCAUUCCUGCCUGGCAGGUAAAUUAAUGCCUUUAAGCUAAAAUUCCACCUCCUGCAAGCAACUGUCCUGGCAGGCUAUUGUGUACACACAGAGGACUGAGUCAAUAUUUAUCCCUGGGUAAAUAACAGGCCUAGUGUGAGCUGCAACAAGAUUCCUUUUUUUCUUUUCUUUUUUUUUUUUUAUUUUCUAAAACUUAAAACUGCACAAUACAAGCCCUGCUGUUUGCUGGUUCAGGCUGCAGCUGUUUGGGGCUGUGAGUUUGAGGAUGAGGCAUUUGGUCACCCUGGUGAUGGCUGUGGUUGCCUUCAUCCAUGAGCUGGGACCUGUGCUCUGCAUUCCUCAGUCCCUUUCUGGUGUUCCUCUCCUCUCUCUCACCCAUUGCACACCCAGUGGAGAGAUAUUUGAAGUAAUUUGAAAUUGCUUGCCCCUCUCACAGAUAUUUGGGCACUCAGAUCUCCUCCUGGGGAUGAGGAGGUGAGGGUGGGGAGCUCCAGCCAAGAGUUAAACCUGGCUUUCUUCCCUUUCCUCAGGCUGUGGGACAUGUAAUGUCCUAAUUCCAGCUGCAGACAUCCCCCUGCUGCUGCCAGGUAAAUAAUUCCUGCUGGUGGUGCCAGCCCAUCAAUCAGGGCCUUGUCUGAGGCAUCUCUGUGCCAGUGCUGGAGGCAGAGGAGUCUGGCUUCUGUUUUACAAUUCAAAGGAAAGGCAGAGAGCCCUGGACCCUCAGAAGGCAAAGGCAGAGCAGCUUUAAUGUCCUCAGAGCCAGACAGAGCAGGGCAGUGUGUGGGAGGGGAUGGGACAGGGUUUCUGGAUCCUCACUUCACCCCCAGCCUUGGCACUUCAGUCCCUCUUCUCUUGGCAGCCUCUGCCUCCCUCUGCUCUUGCUGCUCCAAACCAACUCCUCUUUGUGGCUAAAAAGAAAAAAAGGUGAUUUUAUUGAAGGAAAUGAAUCCAGGAACCUGCAGUUCCACCACUGUGGUUGCCUUUUCCCCCCAUGGCAGGAAUAAAGGAGGUCUCUGCUCCCUUCUCCACCCCAGCUGAGGAUCCAGAGCUUUCCCCUGUCCCACAUUUGCUGUUCAUGUUUCUUGUAGCCAUCAUUCACUCUUAUCUAGGGGGGGAAAAAAAAAUCAUAGAUUAUUUUUCCUCCAUUGUUCAACACCCUGCUUGGAAUACAGAAACAGCUGAACAGACUCAAAGCCAUUCACAGGCUUAGGCCCAGCUCUGCUCAGUCUCCCUCCUGUCCCUGGGAGCACAAGGACAUCUCAGGCUCCCACUUUAUGCACCUCAGCCAGGCAGUUUAGACAGAAGGAUUGGUUUUGUUUUAUUUUAUUUUAUUUUAUUUUUCCACCAAGGAAAAGACCAGCUGGGUGCUGGAAAGCCAAAGCCAGCAAGGCCAGCAGCUGCUGCUGCUGCUUUGGGUUAUUUCUGGUUUAGAGACUUUGCCUCCCUCUAUCAGAGAUAUUUCUCCUUUCCUUUUCCUGAUGGUCCCUCACUGCAAAAGGAGAAAAAUGCCAGUGGGUUUGUAAGACACAGAAAUUUCUUCUUCCAUCGAGUUCUGUGACUGAAUAGCUGCAGCAGUGCUAGUUAUCAGUGAUUGAUGCUUGCAAUCCUUUCAAGGAAAUGAAUAUUUAUAUAUUUGUAACUGUACAUUAUGCAGAGUAAUCAUUACCAUGGUAUUUAUUUUAAAGCAAUAGCCCCCCUUGUUCUUUCUUGUCCUGUGUUUUGGUCUUGCCUCUUCCCCUCCUUCUUAAUCAGCCUCAGUAGAAAGCAAAUACCAGAAGAAUGUUCAGCUUGCUUGAAGAACAUCCCUGACACACCAGCACUUGCUUUGCUCACACUGACUGUUGACAUUUAAUGCACAAUAACCUGGUUUUCAUUAUUGUGAAUAGAGAAACUCUUUAGAAAACCUCUCCCAGCCUGGCUUUGGGGUUGGGUUUGGGGUUUUUUUUAAGUCUCUGCUGUUUCUGACUGAGUGCCCAGCACCUGGAGCCCAGCUUUGUGUUUCCCCUGCCUUUUGCCCCCACAGGUACACACAAACAGCUCUCUGACCAGUUGUUGGUUUGUUCACACACAUCUUAGCAAGUCUGA